CCCCUGCUGAAUGUUGAUUUCGCCAGCCCUCUAACCGCAUACGGCAUUCUUAUGUUUUUUGUCUGGAAAAACAUCAACAUGAUUCUGCCGCCGGCUGUCUUCUCACUGGUGCUGCUGGAGAUGCGCACUAAAGCGCCGGGUGCCAAGACCUUUCCGCAGAUCGUUCGAGGUCGUUUCGGAAAUCUGGCCCACAUCGUCACCACCGGCAUGUUCCUCAUCACCUCCUUCGCCAACGUCUUCGUCAUUAUCACCGGUGAGUUCCUGGACGCGGUGUGUGCUCAGCUCCUUUUGCAGAAUCUAGGAAAUUCUUACAUGUAG